AUGGCGAUUGCCGCCAUGUUGUCCUUCGUCUUCAUCGUCGCGCUGCUGGCAGCCGCCGCCCCCCACCCCCUCAGGGAGGCCGGCGCCCCCCUCCCCCCCGGUGAGUUCGUCGGGCUCAUUCCUCUUUGUUCGUCAUUCUUCUNCGAGGCGCUGCCCCCCUCCUCCCCCCUCUUCCGUGCCCGCGCCCUGACCGAGCUCCUCGCAUUCCUCACGUCUCUCCCGCGACCCCCUCUGCGGGGAUGGCUGGGAGACGCUCUGCCCCCGAUCAGAAUUGGUGUGGUGAACGACACGCUGCUGGUGGCGUGGCAGCGCCUCUCUCCUCCCGAGGCCUCACCCGACGCACUCUUCAGCAGCCCCGUGGACCCAAUACUGGCCACCCCGACUCCCUCCUCAUCCACAACCCCAACCCCUACUUCAGUCCCCACCUCCACGCGCCGCCGUCGCCAGGCUCCCGACCUCCCCGACAAGUUGAGCAGGACAGAGCGACUCCUGCAGGAGUUCUUAGCGCGGGUCAACAUCUCCGGGAGUCUUGCCUCGUCCAAAACAUCCGCCGCCCCCGCCAAGUCCGGCAGGGCUCCCGUCGCUGCCGACGAGCUUAACAGGGACUUCUCGACUUUCCUGACCGAGUACUUGGGGCGACAGAUGCGCCUGGAACACCCGCCCUCCUCCAUCCCUGAGGACCUCAACCCUCUCUCUGGAGCUCAGACAACCUCGCAAGAACCUGUUGCGAGUGAGGCUUCACUAGCUAGCGCGGGUCCAUAUAGAGAAGACGACUUUCUGGAGAACAAGGUUGGUGAUGUCAUCAAAAAUCACCGCGUCCGCCGUUCUGAAGAAGAUUCUGCAAUCUUGGAUGGCCUGGCUAAAGCGAGGAACUUGAGGCAAGUAAUGAAUGCCCUUAACGUAACCUCUGAGAGUACCACUUCUGAGGAUCAACCUUCACUUCAUGACACAGUGCCACUUCCGCCUCUCGGGGGUGACGCGGGGGAUGACGAGGGGCGUGAGGAAAAUCUCGGCAGAAUAGUGCGUAACGUCGUUGAGGAUUUCUUCAGCGCAGCCCGAAGUUUGCUGGCGAGAACGAGUGCGUUGUUGAUGAACGCCACUGAGCCGGGAACUCGCGAAUUUAUGGUAAAUAAUUUCGGCAACGAAACCACGAUGGCGGAUAUAAACGAAGGCAGUGGCGACGAUAAUGCGUCUGACGAAGACGAUAUAGCAGAGGAAGAAGAGGUGACAGACGCAUACAAGAGAACGAACGGCACUCUCUCGAGACGCAGAGGGUCCCCAGCUGUGUCCGAAGCUGCCGCAUUCCCCCCUGGGGUAUUGUCAAGUUACAACGGUUCUGCAGUACUCUUCAUCCCCUACCGUAAACUCUGGAGCCUUUCUGACAUGACCUCGCACUUCAUUGUGGAACCCUUCGAGAAGCUCAUGGAGGAUAUCAUGUACGAGUUUCCGAUGGUGGCUCUUUACGAACUCUUCUAUUCACACCAAUACUUCAACGAUCCUGACCUCGGCAUCACGGACUUAUUCACGGGGGAGUUCAUAACCAAGAUGAGGAAUGUGGUCAAUAUUCCAACCCUGCAGCUGCAGGAGAUACAAACCUUCUUGGUGACGUGGUUAGAGCAGCUGCCUGCAGAGCUCCUGGUGGGUGGUCACAACCUCAGUGGCCUGGUUGAGAACCUCAGGAUAUAUCUUGCAACCCAUUAUCCCUCUCUCUCGUGGCUCAAACCUGCUAGUGCAAUGGGGGUCCAAUUCAUCCCUUGAACCCUUUCUUCGCACGAUUACAAUUUGUAAGCUUAUACCCUUUGCAACUGUCGUAUACAAGUCUGAGCUUUUUGAAAUUUUUACUUCUUGGCCUAACCUUCUUAUAGUCAGGCCAAUUUUUCAACGUGCACAAAACAUUCCGCUUGCUAUACAACGUACUAUCGUUUAUGUGUACGUGUUGCUCUGUGAUGAAGUUAGCGUUGUAGCAUGCCUGUGGUGUAGUUACUUUUCAAGUUGACCGUUACAGAUGAAUAACGCUGAAAGUUGCAUCCGAAUUAGGCGAACUUUGCAAUUGUGCAGUAUCUAGCUUAGAUGUAAAGUUUUAAUUUUCGACUUUAAUAAAUUUCAACUCCCAA